GGUGCUGCUGUUAUCAAGCACUUCUCUCGCUCUGAAAACAUCAUCCCUUCAUCUGCAAAAGAUGAAGCGCCCAGCUGCACGGUCAAGGCUGCAUCGAAGCAAGGGUUUAGUAUCCUCACAGAUUACUCCGAGAAAGAAAACUACAGCUGCCAAGUGUCUGAACUGCUGGAAUCAAGUCAGUGUGAACUGGAUACUAGUGCAGUGACAUCCAGUAUGCGCCUACUGCUGGAUCUGAGUUCAGGGUCUCCUAUGGUAGUGGACACAUCCUUGCAGUCCCAGCCUGAGGAUCACAGGGAAGAUGCUGUAACUCUGGCUGUGGAAGAGUAUGCAGAGGACAUUUAUCAGUACCUCCGAGAGGCUGAAAUAAGAUUCAGGCCCAAGCCCCACUACAUGAAGAAACAGCCAGAUAUCACAACAGGAAUGCGUGCUAUCUUGGUAGACUGGCUGGUGGAAGUAGGAGAAGAGUAUAAGCUUCGGACAGAGACUUUGUACUUGGCAGUGAACUUCCUGGACAGGUUUCUUUCCUGCAUGUGUGUUCUCAGAGGGAAGCUGCAGCUUGUAGGAACAGCUGCAAUUCUUGUGGCUGCGAAGUAUGAAGAGAUCUACCCACCAGAAGUGGAUGAAUUUGUCUAUAUAACAGAUGAUACCUACACAAAGAAGCAGCUGCUAAGAAUGGAACAGCUGCUUCUCAAAGUGCUGGGUUUUAGCCUAACAGCACCAACCAUCAACCAAUUCCUCCUCCAGUAUAUUCAGAGGCAUGAAGUCUGUAUGAGGACAGAGAACUUAGCAAGGUAUCUUGCAGAGCUGAGCCUUCUUCAAGCUGAUCCUUUUCUGAAGUACCUUCCUUCACAAAUUGCUGCAGCAGCCUACUGUCUAGCAAACUAUACAGUGAACAGAUAUUUCUGGCCGGAAACACUUGAUGCAUUCACUGGAUAUUCCUUAAAUGAAAUAGUGCCUUGCCUGACUGAUCUGCAUAAAACAUGCCUUGAUGUUUCCCAUUCCCAGCUGCAAGCCAUUAAGCAGAAAUACAAGCACGCAAAGUACCUGCAGGUGUCUCUUCUGGACCUCCCAGCAGUUCUUCCUCUGCAGUAGAGGCUGGAUCCUGGACUUUAAGAUGACUUUGUCCAAGCCAACAAAGAUGGUCUAACAUUCAUUAAACACUGCAGGUCGUGUGUGUAACCAUACUGAUAAGAAUGGUUUUUAGCUAAUAUAUUUUAAUGAGAUGCCUUUUUUUUUAAAGCAUGUUAGACUAUAGCUCUUAACAUAACUGGCAGCACUUUUAAUAAAUGUCUUAUUAC